AUGUCUUCCCAUACCCAAGAUGAUUCCUCCACCAAAGAACCCACCUUCGCCGACUUAUUCAAAGCCAUCCUCCUCGUCUUGGUCAUCAACACCCUUCUUGCCCUCAUGAUUACUCUCAAUCCCAUCAUUGGUCACCUUGACGUCGCAAUCCUAUUCAACAUACUUCUCCUCCUGAUCGCGGCUGUGUUCACUCACUUCCAGCCCGAAGGCACUACCAACGAUGGGCAUAUCGCAGAUCGCCACGAAGGUGUGGACGACAAAAAGGAGCCUGUUAUCGGCCGCUUGCUCUACGCUGGCCUCUACCUCACCGGCCUCAAUGCGGCUCUUAAUACAAUCCGUGUUUUGCACCUAGUCCCACUGUCGCUUCUCCUCGUGGUCUCGACCCUUUUGAUCGCAGAGAUAGUCCCAUACCUACAGUCUGAAGAUGCUGUCCAGCAUGCCGAGACGUUCAUGCUUGACGAUAGCGCGGAAUGGGAGCUGGCUUCUGAGAUAAUGCCGAAGGUCGACAUUAAAAUGUACACUUCGAAGUUCACAUCAUACAUUUCCUCGCUAUUAAUUAGAGCGGAGUUGACCAUUAGCUUUCUUGCUUCCAAGCUUGGAUCAGUCACAAGCAUCCUCUCCUGCAAAGACGGAGCUACGAAGCGCGUGACUGGAAAUACUGGCGCCCCACAUACCGCUCUGUACAGCAAGACGCAGGCCCUCAAGCACGGCGCCGAAGCCCACCUCCCAUCUCCUGCACCGACGCCAACCUCCGCGCUCCCCACACUGCCAACAUCAACGGAGAACAAACAACUCCAGCCGCUCACCAAAGCCUUCGCCGGGAAGAUCAACGACAAAGCCUUCAUCGAAGAGUUCCGUCAACUUCUCCAAAUCCCGCCGAAUGCCACUGUGGCUCAAGCGAAGCAGGCUAUCAAAGCUCGAGACAACAAGAUCAUCGUGGACAGAGAGUUGAUGAAGGAUGAGGAGACGGCGGAAAAGCUGCGACUGAUAGUCGUGGCGACUUCCUUCCUCUUUCAAGAGCCACUGGAACUGGUGUCUGUGAAGAAGUGGCUGCAUCCUCGUCCGCUUGGACCUGGAGUGACGAAGAUUGGGGGACGGCGGCGCAACCGCCACUAAGGCUUGGACGGUCGACAUCAGCAGCCCCGCUCAACACCGAAAAGGCUUUCGAAUGGCAUGUACGACGGUCUUCGGAAUCGGUCUCUGCACCUCGAAGCAAGCUAGGUACAAGACGAAUGCGAUGUCAUUCUCUAUGGGACUAGUAUUUGAAGAAUCCGGAAGUGGUUUCCGCUUAGCGGGUUUGAACAAAACCUAUAUCCGACUCAGGACUUGCUGCAUGGUGGAAGGCGCGUGGGGUGCAUGGCAUGGGUU